AUGAGGAGAAAUGUAAUGUUGGCAGGUGGCACUGCAUUGGAGGAUGGUGAAAUUGAAGACGAUGAUGAUUUAAACGAUAUUCGCAGGAGCACAUCAGUGGAAAUAAGUUCAGAGAAAGUAACACAUGUUACAUCGGCUAGUCUGGACGAGGAACGAGAACGCGAAGUGGACCGUAUUAUUCGUGAAGUGCAGGAAGCAGCAGAUAAGUCAGAAUUCACAAGCCUAAUCUCUGCUGAACAUUCAGUAGGAAAUGUCAAUUCAGAUGAUGAGGACGCUUUGCGUUUAGCAGUGUUAAAUACAAGCAGGGAUAAAAGAUUUGUGCGACGACACUUGUCGCACGAAGCAGAAGAAGGAGAGAUCAUUGAUACUUCGUACGUGAUACCAAGAAAUCAGCAAUUGAAUGCGCGUUCUUCAUCGCGGCAAACCUGGGUGCAACUGAAACGAAAGCAAAAUAACAGAUUUCAAAGGUAUAAUGAUAUGCAAAAUCGCAUCAAGAAUAGUAAAUUCCGUGAAACUGCGGUACCACUCAAGGUGACGGUACGGAAUGAUAACGCAAACGGUUAUUCACGUUAUAUGCUAAAUAAUCAGGAGAAAGCGGUUGCACCAACCAGUAGUGCGGAGAUGUUAGGAACAACUGUGAAACAAUUUUCAAACCCAUUUGAAGAGCAACUGCAUCGACUUCGAUUGCGAGUGGAAGCAAGUAAAUUUUCGAAAAGGAUGGAGAAUUUAGGAGAUAAUUAUGAGCAAGUUGGAAUGGAUAUCGUGGACAGUGAUCGAGACUCACGUUCACGAUCAUCACCAGCAUCGCCGUUAAUCGAUACUAUGUCUAUUCACCCUCAUGAAAUGCAAAUCCGAAAUGCGGUGCCAUCCGAUGGUGCUGAUAACGAAGAAGAUGUCGACCAACUGCGUGCUGAACUCUUGGAGCAGAUAAUGCAAAAAAAGAAUGACAAGAAGUUAACAUCUUUGAAAUUGUCACUUGAAGAAGGUGAAUUAAGCAGUGCAAAUUCAGAAGAACAAGCUGCUCAUGGUAGUAAUGAAAAACCAAGUUCCAGUUACAGGACCGAAAGGCAUUGUUCUAAAAGAUAUACAAAUGUCGCAGAACAAAACCGGAAAUCUAUAGUAGAUCGGAAGCGUUCAAGGAAGGAUGAUUCUUUAUCAAGUGGUAGUGAUGAUGGACCAGUUCAAGACUAUCGUAUCAAGUUACCACGAAAAAGAAAAGAAAACUUCCGCGAAACUAUUUCCAAGAGGUUACGUUGGAAAUCAAAGGAUGAAUUUGGCGACAUAUCAGGAGUAGAAGGGAGAAAGGCUGAAGAUUGGGAACGUAUGGUUGAUGUUGAAAGGAAAGUGUUGAAGGAAAUUGAAAGAAAGUUAAGACAUCGUGACGACCAAAAAUGUGUUGCGCGAAGAAAGCGUGAUAACUUUUUGGAGAGAGCAAAUCGCUGUGCUCGUCAACUCGGCGUUCUUGAAGUAGAGAUGGAAGUACUUCGAUGUGAUCAAGAAAAGGCGAAGGGUCGUCUGUCGUAUUUGGAACGGCAGUUGAAUAAAGCACAGUAUGAAGAGAAUUAUAAGGAUACAGAGACGAAGACAUUUGGAAAAGAAAGUAAACGAAUGGAACGACAGGUAGAAGAAGCUGAAUCGAUGGAAAAUAUGAACAAGGACGUUGAACAUGUUUAUGAUCCUACGCAAAUGGUGAUCAAGUCGGAAAAUGAUGCAGAAGGAUGGGGAACGGUAAAAGCGGGCGUUCUAGAACAUUCUGAGCCGUUGAGUAUGACUAUUGCGAUGGAUUACUCUGAUGAUCGAGAUGAUGUUUCAAGGCCUACAAAUAGUAGUAGUGGAUCGCAGCAUUCUUCUAUAGAUAUUUUGGGAGAUUCCGAUAUAAUUGAAUUAUCAGAUUCGAGUGAUUCAAUGAAUGGUCUUGUCACAGCAAUGCGCGAGUUGGAGCAAGAAGAAGAGUUAGAAGCGAAUUCCGUUGCAAAAGCUGCAACUGCGAAUAGCCCCAAUGUUUGUCAGGAAAAUCCACACAAAGAAAGAAAGAUCAAUCGUACUGUAACACUAAGCGAAAAAGAUGUUAAUGAACUUAAAAAUAAUCCAUUAAUAAUGUUUAACGGAUAUCGCAUAUCUCCAACAUUCCCUUACCAUCUGAUAGCUCAUCGAGCUUUGUCAAACAAGUUGGACCCAUUGAAACCGCUUUGUUACUAUGAAUUAUUAGGAAGAUGCGCUGACUCAACGUGUCCAAUGCAACAUGAAGAGGAUUAUUUGCUGUCCGAUGAAGAAUUGAUAUGUAGCGUAUUAACUUAUUGUCCGAACCUUUGCCCACCUAAAAAAAUGUUUUCCGAAUAUGCUCGUGAAAUAUUGAAAGAACAUGAAACAAAACCAGUGGGCGAAAUUAUUGAGGAUAUGCUGAAAACCCUUCCGGAUACCGAACGUCGUAUAAAAGUUUGUGAGAUGGCUACUAAAUGUAGACCGCUAUCGAAAUGGUAUUCGAAAGAUAAUGAAUCCAUAGAAUACGAAGUGCCUCAGCAAUUCCAUCAGUUAUCGCUGUAA